AUGAACCGAAAACCAGUCGGUGGAAGAACCGAUGGCCGUCAUCGCCAAAUAGAUGCCAAACAACUUUCUCGUAACAAAAAUCGCUUUGCUCGACUCGAUCCCGAUACUCAGAGCAGAUACGACGAUUUAGACGACGAGCCAGCCGUCCCAGGUGAGCAUUCAUUCAAAUCCAGGUAAUAACAAUACAAUUCAGCUCGCUCAAGCGCCCCGUCGUCUGCUUCUCGCGGCCGUGGCGUGAACUCUUCUGGCAAUAAUCUAUUCGCACGAUCGAACGCCUCCGUCGCCAAUACUGGUGUACGCAAUGCAGAAAUUGUGCACAAAGUCCGUGUUCCGGGAGCCGCCAAGAGGAUCGAAUCGAAGUGGCUCAUCAAACAGCUCAACCAGAAAAUUGAGAACUUCAAGCCGCUUCUGUGGGACGAAACCAAUCGCGGUGACAUCGAAUUCUACGUGCGCGAUGAAGACACUGCUGCGACCAUCAAAGCAAACAGCCGUCGCAUUUUUCACAAGGAAAGCGGGUACCGAGUCGAGUUCCUCAUCACCAGAAUGCCGGCUCCCUGGAUGCAGCUCAAAAGAUCAGAAGUCGAGAUCAUCAACGUAAGUGUCAGAAAGUUCAGGUAACUCAAAAUUGUUGUUCUUAUUACAGAAAGUGGUUGACAAUCGAUACAACUCCAAAAACCGCGUUCUCGAUCUUUCAAACUUCCACGCCGACGAAGAGUUUACCUCAAGGGACAUGCUCAUGAAUCUCACUAAAGGAAAUGUGAUGCUCGCUGUCCUCGAUCGCAUCGACGACAAAUACGGAAACACAGUCGCACUCUCUCUGGCGAAUAACCGUCUCCGUCACUUGGACUACGCAGCCGCUUUCGUCUCGAUCGCCAAAUUUGUCAAAGAAUUGGAUCUCAGUCACAAUCACGUCAGUUUUCUCAACCUGUCCCUGUUUCGAACCGCAUUCAUUUCAGAUUUCUGCAGAAAAGGAUUUGGAAAAGUUCUCCGGUCUGCCAGUCGAACGCCUGUUCUUCGAAGGAAAUCCAGUCUGCGAGACGUUCACACAGAAGUCUGCCUACAUCAGGUUACCAAAUCUUGAUCAUUUUCAGCACUUUCAGCUUCUUUCCUCUUUUCAGUCUCUUUUUGUUAUCUUUCUGAUUGUACCCUUUAUCCCACCACUUUUUCUGUUCUUUUUUACUCAAAUAAUGCCUAUUCAGCUUUAUUCACAAGUCGUUCCCGAGAUGCGCCCUGCUGGUGAGUCGCGAUUGGCCUUUCUUUCAGAUUGUUCAUCGUGUUUAGUGAAUUCUUUUUCAGGAUGGAGUCGAAGUACAGCCGCUUGUCACUGGUCCUGAGAUUAACAUUGACGAAGUGAUGCCAUUCAGAGUAAGUCUUUUACAAAUGACUAGUGUCAAACGACAGAAUUAUAGGCCGGGUACUACCCGAAUGGUGAAAUUCGCCUGCUCGUCGAGAAUUUCGUCGUCGCCUUCUUUGAAAUGUACGACGGUCCCGAUGGACAGCGCAAUCGCAAAAGUCUGCAAAACGCCUACGAAGCGGACGCCGUGAGUUUCUGUAAAAUUCAGCUCAAAAUGAGAACAAGUAACUUUUUAGGCCCAGUUCACUUUGACGAUCACCAAUCUAUCGCAACAGCAAAGAUACCACAGCGAGUAAGUUGCAGGCUUUAGAUGAGAAAUCAUGCAUCUCUAUUUCAGUGAAUGCUACCAUCAGUAUGUCCAGACGUCGCACAAUGUGCUCACCCAAGAGUACUUCUCGAGAAAUCGCGCCGCCCGCACAGCUCGCGGAGCCAUGGACAUUGCAGUCGCUCUGUCAAAAUUGCCAACUUCAAGACACAUGACGGACACGUUCAUCGUCGACGUCUUCCUUUUCACCAGCGAAUUGCUCGGAUUCACAGUUCAAGGACUCUUUCAGGACGGAGAUCUCUCCGAAGAAGUCGUCCCACAGCCUAAUUACUUCUCCAGAUCAUUCCUCGUUUUGCCACGCGCCGAAGGGUACGUUGAAUUUUAACUUUGCUCUGAAUCACUAAAAUUUUCCUAUUUUCAGAGCAGUCGCCGUGCUUUCCGACCAACUCUUCAUCUCGUCCGCUUCGCCAGAACGACUCAUUCGCUACAAGAAACUACUUGAUCAAGCGGAGGUGAAUGGAGCCGCAAUGGAACAAGUGAGCGCCGUCCAAGUAGCCCAGAUCGGUGUGAACGGACUUGGGUUCGACGGAGCGCCGCCGGCCGAGAUUCGUGAGCAGAUGGUGAAGGCGUUCUGCGAAUUCACCAAAAUGAUCGUACCGUAUGCUGAAAAGUGUCUCGCCGAUUGCGGAUGGAACUUUGAGGUAAGCUUGCUGCGCAGGUUGCUGCGUAUAAACCUUAUUUGUCUGGUUUCAGCUUUCCUGUCAAAAGUUCGCGGAGGUGAAAAGCCAAGUUCCCGCCGAAGCAUUCGCCACUUGA